AUGCCGGUUCGAGUACAGCAGCAACCACAGCACUCCGCAUCUAAUAAUUUGACGAACCCAACGACCACGACCACGACCACCACAACUUACUCUCUGCGCCGGGACUCCCCUGCAUCGUCAAAGGGGGACGAUUCGAGUACGAGUUCUAUUUCACUGGGUGAGAAUGGCUUUCGUUUUUGGGCUUUGGACUCCACCACCAAGGGUGAGGGCGAUCCUGAUGAUAACAACGGUGUAGCAGAAGGAAGACAACGCAAGCGUCUUCAAAAAUCCCACCCCGAAACCAACAACCUCCCUCGGUCGAGGCCUUCCUUGAGGGAGCCUCGGUCCCCACAGAAAGUUGCGCGUUCCCACCGCAAUGAUCAAAAACCCCUGAUCACAAGAGGACAGGAUUAUUCGUUGAAAUCGUAAGUCUCUUCCUAUUUCUGAUGGCAAUUUCUGUCCCGACCUUCGAAUAGUCGGUCUGAUGGUUGUGGGCUUUGUAGGGAUAAUGACGCUUCUUCUAAACAUACUUCUUCUCCCGCCAAUAGUAUUGCUAGUAACAGCUCUCGCGCACAUCUCCAACCACCCGGCUCUUCUGAAAGUAACGUGACAACAUUUUAUGCGUUUGGGCAGAGCUCGGAGGGAGUCCGGGAAGCUGGCGAGCCGUUUAGUUUUCCCUCGUCUGUAAGUUUGGAGGAUGUUCAUCGGGGUAUCAUUGACAAUGAUCAGUUAAGCCGAUUUCCUGCACCGGGGCGCGCCGGAAAUGGAGGCGAUGCGGAAAGGAGUGCUGGCCGUGGUACCGCUCGGGAGGAGGGUCAUCAAAAUAUUUUUGCGGGUUCUUCGGUAAACCAGGCAAACCAAUCGGUUCUCAGAAGGCCUAGCGUCUCCAAGUAUUCAAACAACGCUCAAGCCCAGGACAACUAUCGGGAUCGGAAUCGAAGACAGAGCAACGCGUCCAACCUAUCAUCUGCAACAUCGUCAUCCACUUAUCGCAGAGUGGCAACAACGGUCGAGCCGGAAAAUUCCAUCAGAGCUGGACAGCGGAGGAGGCCGAAUGCUGCACCAACAACAGGUAGCUCGUUAACCCCACCAAUGCUGCAGAAAGAAUAUAUUCCUGGGAGUGGCUAUUCUAGGAACUUGGACGCAAGUUAUAAAGCACCUAUUUCCUCUAGGAAUACCAAGUCAAAGUCUCUGCAGCCCCCUCCAAAGACGCAACAGCUGGGACAACCACUGAAGCCGUCACUAACUCCUGAACAUGCCCGACACUCAUCGAUAGCUUAUCCUCCAAAGUCUCCGAAAUCUCCAAGCGUCAGCAAGCUUGGGACCCCGGGAAAAUCAGGUAUCCCGAUGUCGGGAUCCUCUCGUAGGAUAUCCACAAUUCCACAUGCUUCCGGAUUAGGUGCCAGAACGGUCAGUCCUACGGAUGCUAGGAGGCUCAAGAGGCUCUCAGUUAUCCAUACGCCGACUCCCCCCUCAAUGCCAUUUAACGUAGAGUCAGCGAGAUCGACACCGGGAAGUCCUUCAAUGAUUCUCAGAAAGAGCAUCACCCCUUCUUCAUCUGCAACUACACCCGAGCCUCAAAGGAAGUCUUAUAGUUCAGGACUGUCUACUGCCUCUACAAGCACUUCAGCUCGAACCUCUAUAGGCUCGACCUCCUUGCAACCCAAACUGAGCCAGACAUUCGCAGCUUCUAGAUUACCAAAACCACCGCGAGCUGCUGUAGAACGGGAGGAGGAGAUACCCCCUGUUCCCCCUUUGCCAAAGAAUUUGGUUUCUCCAGUUGAGCAGGUCGGGACUUAUCCUGGCACACUUCAGUUUCCAGAUUUUGCAAAUAAUGGGGGCAGGAGGAGCGGGGAUGGUAUGUUCGGUCCGCGGAAAUCUAGCUUGCCAAUGGAACCUGAGAUGUUUGAUAUGGAGCCCUUCCUGGACACCUCAACCAAACCUGAGGUCCCUGAAAAGUCCAAGGCUCCGGAAACCCCCCGGAAGCCAGCGAGACAGGAGCGGCAGGCAAAGAGAGAAAAGCCAGAGAAGCAGGAAAAGAUUGUAAAGGUGGAUAAGGAGACGAGGAGGAAACGUGGAAUGACAUUGGGAGGUAUGGGUCUGGGCGGUGCGGUGCAGACAUUAGAGCCUAAGAGUUCGUCUUCAAGCUUGAGAAAAAAGGAUCUUGUGCCAUUGCGUCUUCCACCGUUGAACCUUCUACCCUUGAGCACGCCUACAAUCGCUCGGGUCAAUGCGCUUGGCCCGCAAUCGGAUUCGGAGGAAUUGACGCCACCUCCAAAGAGGAGCAUAAAAACCCCAAGCACUCCAAUGACAGCUUCUAAGGCGGGUUUUUUUGGUAGGAGGGACCGGGACGAAGCGGCCUAUCACCGGAGCACGAGUUCCAUCAAUAAUGCAACUGUGCAACCUAUGGGCGACAGCCCAUCAAGUAUGUCUUUGAGAGCGGGCUCUAGCGCUAGCAGUAGCAUUCCGGUUUCAGCAAGUAGCAGGAUGGGGAGACAAACCAUUAGCCCAUAUAUAUCUAGUUCUUUGCCCAAGAGUGUCGAACAUGAGGGCAAGACUGGUGACCACAAGGGUGCAAGGAUCUUAGGGAUGCCGCUGUCAAUUUCACGAGACAGUAAUAAGAGCAGAGCUAGGAAGAGUCAAGACUCGCUAAGGAAUGCACAAGAUGAUGUUCCGGACACGCCUUCUAGUUCAAGUUCGAUUCGCAGGAAGCUAAGCUUGAGUUGGAAGAAGAGCAGUUCUAGCAAGCAUAGCCAUGCCGCAACUGAGCGAGCGGAUGAGUACCAAGCGGCCUCCAAAUAUGAUAAUAUGCCACCACCCAAGCUACCACCUUCUGCAACAUGGGCGGGACCUAUGCAUCAACCACCUAGUCCAGUGAGAGGGCCACAGGGUGCAGCAGCAGCAGGGGGUCAAGGUAGGAGGAAGAGCUCGAUUGGGAAUGGUAUUCUUGUCGGGCAACACGACCAUGCCCGCAGUAAUAGUUGGGGAACCGAGGGAGCGGAAAAUGUAGAGAAAGCACAACCUCCUCUGCCCCCGGCCAAGAACUCGGCAGCCAGUUCAAUUCUCAGCCCCAUGUCCAAAAUGUUGGGCAGUAAAGGUUCAUUGGGGCAGCUGCGCAAUAGAAACCAGGUACCAGUUCUUACGGACCCGAACAUGGACCAUGAUGAUAUGAUGGCAGAGGAGGAAAUGAGGCGGAUUGCUAGCAAGCGCAAGAAUUUGGAUGCUAUGGCUCAAGAAUUGGAGGAGCUGAAACGCAGGGCUGUGCCAAAGGACAGAAUGUCUGCGCCGCAGGCACUUCGGACCGUCGUUCUCAACAUCUACGAGCGUGGGGAGAUUGUGGAUUUCAAAGAGGUUUAUUUCACUGGGACUCUGGCUGCAAAGAAGCAUGUUGGGGAUCUUAAUUCGACUACUAUGCCAAACUUUGGAUAUGAUGACGAGCGGGGCGACUAUACUAUCGUGAAGGGAGACCAUCUGGCAUACAGAUAUGAGAUUGUUGACAUUCUCGGAAAGGGCAGUUUUGGCCAAGUGGUUAGGUGCAUUGAUCACAAAACAGGAGGGCUUGUAGCUGUCAAAAUCAUUCGGAACAAGAAGAGAUUUCAUCAGCAGGCCUUGGUCGAGGUCAAUAUCUUGCAGAGGUUGAAGGAAUGGGUAUGAUUUCCGUGCUUGGACGCCUGGCAUUAGAAACCUUUUGGCAUGCUGAUAAGGAAUAUAGGAUCCUCACGGAAAGCAUAGCCUUAUCAACUUUACGCAAUCUUUUUAUUUCCGCGGACACUUGUGCAUCUCAACUGAAUUGCUAGGCAUGAAUCUCUACGAGUUCAUCAAAUCCAACGACUUCAAAGGGUUCUCCUUGCGACUUAUUAGAAGAUUUACCAAGCAAAUGCUGAGCAGUUUGGUCCUCCUCAAAGGACAUCGUGUUAUUCAUUGUGACUUGAAGCCAGAGAAUAUAUUGCUGGCCCACCCUGCUAAAUCGGAGAUUAAAGUCAUCGAUUUUGGAAGCAGCUGUUUUGAGCAUGAGAAAGGUGAUUUUCUCUCUACUAGUCUUGUCGUAUGUGCAAAGCAUGGUAACUUACGAGCCUUACAGUGUACACUUAUAUUCAGUCCCGGUUCUAUCGUUCACCGGAAGUCAUACUUGGUAUGACUUACGGGAUGCCAAUCGAUAUGUGGAGUUUGGGUUGCAUAUUGGCGGAACUACUGACAGGGUACCCUAUCUUUCCCGGAGAGAAUGAACAGGAACAGUUGGCAUGUAUCAUGGAAGUUUUCGGCCCCCCAGAGAAGCAUUUGAUUGAAAAGAGCACAAGAAAGAAGCUGUUCUUUGGUUAGUUUUCCCUUAAGAUUCUCUACUUUUUCUUUCUUUUCUUACUAAUGUCACCUAGAUUCGUUUGGCAAGCCUCGGAUGAUUGUCUCGUCCAAAGGAAAGCGCCGGCGGCCAAGCUCUAAAACGCUUACUGCCAUUCUUAGGUGCGAUGAUGAGGCCUUCCUAGACUUUAUCACGAGGUGUCUUCGAUGGGAUCCAGACAAGAGGAUGAAGCCAGAUGAAGCCAUGCAUCACGACUUCGUUACCGGAAGGAAGACCUUGUCACGUCCUCGAACCGCUGGCCCAUUGUCUGGCGAUCCACCGAUGAAGCGGCAUCCGGCUCCGCCAUCCGGGCCAUCCACAAGCUAUAGUGCCUCCGUCUCGAGACCGCUACCGGAUCCACCAGCGAUUUCGGCGCAGAAAACAAGACUGGGUCCCAGUUCGGCGGCAACAGGUCAGAAUAGCAGUACCCAGCGGUCGUCUCCUAUGAAAGGUUACGGUGCUGUCAAGAGGAACCCUAGUGGAUCUAGUAUGACCGGCGUGAAGAGAAAUUCUGUGGGUGCUGUCGUUGGGACGGGGGCCAGUGCAGUGGGUAGCAGUCUCCCAAGAGCUGCAAGAGCUGUUAGUGGAAAACUCCCUACUCCCUCAAGUAGUCGAUCUGGGCUCAGGGGCUCUGCAGGAACAAGUGCUUCCAUCAGAUUGGUGAAGGACGAUGAGUCGGACAGUAUGAGUACGCAGCAGCGAAGAUGAUUUUUAUAUUUCCUUGAUGUCAUAUGCAGCGCUCGUUUCCCUCUUCCUAAAUGUUUAAUUAUGACAACGUUGUAAUGACCCUUUCAAUUUUCCAUCUAUUAUACUUAUCCCCCUCCCUUUUUCUCUCGUUUCUCGUUUUUCCAUUCUUCUCAAAUUCAUUCAGCGGAGUUUUUCUUUUACCAUUGACGGCGGGAUCAAUUUUAUUUUUUUAUAUAAAUAUUCCCUUUUAAUUUUUACGAAUCCAAAAAAGACAUCACCUCACCGAUACACUCAUUAUUAGUUAAUGCCCCCAACACUCCCUCUCUCUAGCCCUUUCAUUUCAUUUCAUUUUUUCCCUUCACCUUUUUCCCUUACAUCGGCAUACCCACAUCGUCUCUUUCCUGUUUGUCGCGGGAGGUUCCCGCGAUGGCGUUGUAUUGUACAAAGCGAAUAUCACAACGGGCCGCUAUUAGGGAUUCUCAUGCCUUGCGUUGCCGCGCUCGCGCGCACAAUCAAUCAAUCGCUUUAUAUUAACGAUUCUUUGGAGGUGCAAGGUCUUAAGAUCGCCCUCUAAUAUCUUUACCAUUUUAUUUUCUUUUAUGUUGGAGGGGUGGACGCUUAUUAAACUUGCUUUGCUUUUUAUGUUCUUUCCUCUUCUCUUUUUCUCUCCCACUUAUUCUGACGAUACCUGCAUUCACUAUUUAUCUUUAUCUUUUCUUUUCGUUCGUUCACAUUUACAUUUGGGGUCCUUUUUUUUUCUCGUCUCAUCUCGUUUUGUGGUAUACACUCAAUGCCUUAUUUUGCUCAUUGGAGAUAUCGGAAUUGGGACUGGAAUUGGGCCGUACGAAGGAAGGCAGAUAGACGGACGCAGAUACUCGGAUGUGGGAGAUAUCUGUCAUUGAGCCCGGACCGAAGCCGAAGGGGGGACUUGUGUGUGUUUUUUUUUUCUUUUUUCUAAACAAAACACUCUUUUGAUACAAUGAUAAAUAAACGAGAGGUUUCUUCUUUG